AUACAUGAACUUUUUUAUUUUAAUAACUUUAAUAUUUAUUUAUUUUUAGAUAUUCAUAUGUUUUUAAGUUCCAGGAAUUUCCACAAAUGUAAAAAUAAAAAUAUAAUAUAAACUAAAAAACAUAGAAAUUUAUGGAAGGACAAGAUUUAUAGGUAUUAGUAUCAGAAUUAAGAUCAUUAGAAACACAACUUUCAUAUAGUUUUAGCGAUUUAGAAUUUUGUUCUACUGAAAGUUAAGACUAAGAAUCACUUGCAGAAAUAUUAUUAGGCGAAAAAAAAGAAUUAAUAAAAUUUGAUAUGAAAUUUUAAAAAAACGAAGAAUGUAAAGUACUAUGCAAUAAAAAAUUUAAUUAAAAAGAAAUAGAAAAUAUAAUAUGGCUUAUUGAUAGAAAUUAUAAAUAUGAUUUUAUAAUUGAUAAUUUACCUGCAUUAACAAUUUUAAAAUAAGAUCCUGAUUUAGAAGAUGAACUUGAUGAAAAUGUGUAAAAAAUUUAAGGAACUCCUAUAGGUUUAAAAGCCCUAUAAGAUAAAGAUUUUUAUAAAAUAUAUAACCAUUUCAACUUCACAAUAGAAUAUAAUGAAAAUACUAAACAUAUUGUAGGUUUUUAAGUAAACCCAUAAUUUCGAGGCUAUUAAAAUAUCGACAAUAAAAUAUAUUCAAUUUGUGAAAAACUUCAUAAGGAAGAUUCUAAAUAAUAAUCAAGUGAAUAUUUAACUUUAGAUGAUUACGAAAAAACAGAAUUUUUCUUUACUUAUUCAUAUUAAUUUAAAAAAUCCAACAAACCAUUAGCAUCUAGAUGGGAUUUAUAUAAAUAACAAGACGAAGAAUAAGUACAUUGGAGCAGUAUAGUGAAUUCUUUUAUAAUAAAUUCAUCCUUAUCAUUAAUAAUAUACGUAAUACUUCGAAGAAUACUUUCCAAAGACAUUUCCAAAUAUUAAGAAAUUAACCAAAAAAACGAUUAAGAAGAUGAUAUGGGUUGGAAACAAGUCAAAUCAGACGUAUUUAGACCUCCAGGAUCUAUUAUUGGCUUCAAAAGACCUAAAUUUGAACAUAUUUGUGGUGUAAAUCCUGUACCUUUAUAUAUAUCUCCAUAGCCUAAGUAUUUAAGUAGAAACUUUUUAUGUAUUAUUGGAGGCUUACUUCCUUUUGGAUCUAUUUUGUUUGAAUUAUCAUAUAUAGUUGAUUCUAUUUGGAAUAAUUAAUUUUACUAUUUGUUUGGAUUUUUGUUACUUGUGGUAUUUUUGUUAUUAAUAACAUGUGCUGAAAUAUCAAUUUUAUUGACAUAUUUAUAAUUAAAUAAUGGAAAUCAUAAAUGGUGGUGGAACUCGUUUUAUUGUACUGGAUUUUGUGGAGUUUAUGUUUAUUGUUAUUGCUUUUUUUACUGGCUUUUUUAUUUAAAUAUUACUAGAUUAUCAUCUACUUUAAUGUAUUUUGGAACAAUGGGAAUUAUUAGUUUUGGAAUUUUCUUGUUUUGUGGUUCUAUAGGGUUUGUUUCAUCUUUAUUAUUUGUAAGAUAUAUAUAUUCUCAAAUUAAAGCAGAUUGA